GGCGGCGGUAGUGAGCUCCAGUCAGUUGGCUGUUGCGCUCCGUAGGAGUGGCCCAAAUGUUUCGACAUCACCUCACCCGGCGUGAACAGCAGCGGCCAAGCUAGAUGGUACUUCGACUUGGCAGCUAACGUUGGGGUUCGCAUUUCCAAAAGAAGACAUAUCAAUUUAUCUCCUUGUGGGUCCAGACUGUACCACCAUGGCUCUUUACGAAUAUGUCACUCAGGAGCAGCUCGCAAGCUUCGACAAAUACAAGUACAGUGCAGUGGACUCGAAUCCCUUGUCCGUGUACGUCAUGCAUCCUUUCUGGAACUUUGUGGUAAAGUUUCUACCAACAUGGUUGGCUCCAAACCUCAUUACGUUCACAGGCUUUAUGUUCCUUGUGUUGAAUUUCUUCAUGUUGGCCUUUUACGACUUUGACUUCACUGCCUCUGCUGCAGGACACGUACACGUGCCUAGCUGGGUCUGGGUUGCUGCAGGGAUCUUCAACUUCUUGGCCUAUACACUUGAUGGUGUGGAUGGGAAGCAGGCUCGUCGGACCAACUCCUCCACGCCACUAGGGGAGCUGUUUGACCAUGGCCUGGACAGCUGGGCCUGCAUCUUCUUCGUGGCCACCGUCUACUCCAUAUUUGGACGCGGGGAGAGCGGCGUGGCCGUGCUCACGCUGUACUACAUCCUGUGGGUGGUGCUGUUCUCGUUCAUCCUGUCCCACUGGGAGAAAUAUAACACUGGCAUCUUGUUUCUGCCAUGGGGCUACGACAUCAGCCAAGUGACCAUCUCCCUGGUUUACCUGGUCACUGCUGUGGUCGGCGUGGAGAAGUGGUACCAGCCGUGCCUGUGGCACUACCUCUAUAGAGACCUUUUCAGCUUCAUGAUCAUCGUGUGUUCCUUCACCGUGACCUUACCCAUGAGCCUCUACAAUGUCCUGAAGGGUUACCGCGGCAACACCCUGAAGCACAGCAGCUUGUACGAAGCCUUCCUGCCCUUCCUGUCUCCCGUCCUGCUCUUCGUCCUGUCCACCACCUGGGUGGUGUUCUCUCCCUCCAACAUCCUCGAGCUGCAGCCCAGGAUCUUCUACCUCAUGGUGGGCACGGCCUUCGCUAACGUCACGUGCAAGCUGAUCGUGUGUCAGAUGAGCAACACGCGUUGCCAGCCGCUGAGCUGGAUGUUGCCGCCCAUGACGCUGGUGGUGGUGUUAGCGGCGACGGGGACGGUCGCCAACGAGACCCUCCUGCUUUACCUGUGGACGGCUGUCGUCAUACUGGCACACAUACACUACGGAGUUUCAGUGGUAAAACAGCUCAGCAACCACUUCAACAUCUUGGCCUUCUCCCUGAAGAAGCCCAACAGUGACUGACAGGAGCAAGAACGAAUCGGCUUGACGGCAGCGGAGGUUUAGGCUUCUCAGCUUAUCGACACUUCACUCUCAUCACCACGGAAACCGCAUCCCCUCCCCUCCCCUCCAUCCACGAGGACUCUGGAAUGGACCGUGUUUCCACUGUCCCCAAACAAACACACGCACACAUGCACACACGCCCGCAUUCCCAACCAACCAAACUCUGGUCUCUGCGAUGGGGUGGGCCCAGGGGCUCUGGCUUCCGUCAUUGGUGAUUGGCUCAACUUGGUUGAGCCAAUGAGGUGCAAUUGUUUCCUACGGAAAUGUGCUUCAGUCAUGAGGACGGCCACACACACACACACACACACACACACACACACACACACACACACACACACACACACACACACACACAUAUACUUGUACAUAUUGCUUUCAUGCAGAUAAUUUAUAACUCGUGGCAAGUACAAACACAGCCACACAAAUGCACACAAACAGUUGCACUCACAUAGUAUUAUGAAUGUAUAAUAUGCCUUGGGGAAACGCCAUUUAAGUCUUAUUAUCUAAUUAUUCUAUUAACAGGAAUGCCUCAAGUAGUGUUGUUUCAAACCUGACCAAACCUCUAAAUUGUGGCCGCAUGUGGCUCACACACACACACACACACACA